CACCCGUAAACUCUUCUGAUCAGGAAAGCAAGCUAUUUUAAUGUAAAAAUGGCAUUUGAGCCCAAUAAUGAUGAUUUGUUUGACUCCAUCAUCAUGGCCGAUGACAGGUUUCAUGUUGAAGGUUAUCAGGAGGGCUUUGACGAGGGAGUUCGACAGGGGACCAUCGAGGGUAGAAAUCACGGGCGGCUGCAUGGAGCCAAACUCAGUGCAGAGGUUUCAUUUUACUAUGGAUUUGCACUCGCAUGGAAAUGUCUCCUUCAAAGUAGCACUGAUGUUAAAGCAAGAAAAAGACUGAAAGCGAUGGAAUCUUUAAUCGGAGUGAUCCAAAACUUCCCAUAUGAAGACCCUCAGUAUGAGAAGCUUCAAGAGGACAUGGAAAGAGUACGCGCAAAGUUUAGACAGGUGUGCUCUUUACUGAACGUGUCGACAGACUUUCGAGAAUAUCUGAGCGGAUCGACAUCAAUGUCCUUCUGAGACUACCAGAAGCUUACAGCAGCAGUUAUGGCAAACUCAGAGCACCUCCGAGAGGCCAUUUAUAGGCGGACCGUGCUGACCAUCAUCUGCAAAGAGCCAGUGGUGAUGCGAGCAUUUUUGAGGUGAUCAUGUGUAAAAGAGUAGACCGGUUUCACUCUUACUGGUAAGGUGGAAUUGUGCAAACCAAACUCUGGAACUGAACUCUAGAAAACACUGAGUGAAAUGGUUUGAGUUGUAUUUUUAAGAGUUUUAAUGAGGGGAAAAAUUAAGCAAACGAGUCAGUCUAAUAUACAAACCAAAGUUUUGCUCUUCAUAAGAACUUUCCAUAUCCUAAUAAGGUACUCUUCCCUUGGGUGGAAUGACCUUAAUUUGCAAACAAUAGCUUUGAUAGAUAAAGGUGUUCAUGAAGACUAUAAACACCAUCUUGUGGUGGAAUUGGAGAUUGACUCUUGUUGUUAGGUGGCUCCGCCUGCUGGUGAGCUGAAAUUACUGCAGGAGUGUGAUAUUUGUAGAAGAACUACUAGUGUAAUGGAGAUGAGAAGCUUUUCGUUGAAAUCGCUCUGGAAGUUUUGACGAUUAUAAUUUAAUAUAUGUUGAUAUUAAAGGCAUUUCUUAACAAAA